UAACCACAUAGAUGAGUUUAAGAGAGAGAAAUGCAUCAAGAAGUUGAACUAACUCGAUCUCCCACCUCAUACAAAGCCUAUUUAAACCCUCAAUGCAACCCAAACUUCAUAACUCAUCCAAGAUAUUGAAGAUCACUUGAACAUAAAAACCUUCUUGAUUCAACUAUUUCCUCCCCAAACAUGGCAUUUCAUGGCCACCAUUCCCUUUACCUCUUCUUGCUCAUCGCUCUGGCAUCCAUAACUAACCAUGCAGAGGCACGUCGCCUGCUCGAGUCGCUUGUUCCCAAGCCCGAAAUCCCAUCUAUACCGAAGCCAGAGCUAACUCCACUACCCAAGCCUGAGCUGCCAUCGUUGCCUAAGCUUGAGAUUCCAACACUGCCAAAACCUGAGGUUCCAACAAUGCCAAAAUCUGAGGUGCCGACUUUGCCUAAGCCCGAGGUUCCAACACUACCAAAACCUGAGAUCCCGACUCUACCAAAGCCUGAGCUUCCAACACUACCAAAAUUUGAGUUUCCAACUUUGCCUAAGCCCGAGCUUCCAUCACUACCGACAUUGCCUAAGCCAACACUAGAAAAGGCAGAAUCGCCAAAGCCUACUCUACCUGAGAUACCAAAGCCUCAAAUGCAAGAAUUGCCAAAACCCGCGGUGCCAGAGCUACCAAAGCUCCCAGAAUUGCCGACUCUGCCUAAGCCUGAACUUCCAACAGUGCCAAAACCCGAGGUCCCAACUCUGCCUAAGCCUGAGUUACCAGCUCUACCUAAGCCAGAAAUGCCAAAGUUGCCUGAACUUCCAAAGAUACCCGCCUAAACCAACUUUGCAAGAAGAAACCAAAUCCGGUUGAUUAGCAUCGUCGUAGGACAUGCCUUCAGGAAUCAUGUUUCUGAUAUUGUCCAUAUUGUGGAAGGAUGGAUAAUUCUAGAGUGACCGAUUUAUAAACUCGUUGGUGUAUGGUCUUAUUAUUGUUUAUAUGUUUUGGAAGCUAGCUUGUAUGUUUUUGGUGUUUACAGUUUGUAAUUCUUUGUUAAUGUAUUUUCAUGAUUGAUUGAGGUUUACAGUUAUA